ACCAAUUCACACAUUCAUUAUCCGUGUUUCCACAUUUAUGUUUGUUAUACCAAAUAAUUGCAAAAAUUACAUUCGAGUUGAUAUUCUUUUUUUAGCCAAUGUAAUGGGUCUAAUUUAGACUCAAACUAAAUAGUUGUUUAUUGGUAUGACCUUCAAGUGAUAUUACCAAAUAUGAUUUGACUGGUAAUAAAUUGGGUUUGGGAAGGAUGUUUUUUUGCAAUUCAUAGCAGUGGGAAUUUUUCAGGCCACGUUUGACAUUAGUUGUUCAUUCACCACCACAACCAACACUAAGGUAUCACUUUCCCAUAAGACUUUUUAGUUUACUACGAAAUGAGAUGAUCUAAAUUCCUUCAGUUUUGGGUUUCAAAAUAGUAUUUUGCAAUUACUUAUUUACAUAGUUUCCAUCUUCUACUUUUAAACGUGUGAGAUUUAAAGUUUCUUUAUCUAAAUUUCAUAGCAAAAUAUGAACCCGUAAACAUUGGCAGAGGUGAGUGAACAACUAAAGAUCACAAUGAUUGUAGCUUUAGUGGUAUGUAGGUAUAUUUGAGCUCAUACAUCUAUUAACUGCAUCUCAUCUUUUAUUGAAAACUAAGCGAAAUUUAGGGAGUCAUUCAUUGUUAUAUAAAAGUUUUUGAGUAAAAUAUGUUUGGAAACUAAAAUUGCAUACCACUUGUCGAAAUCGGGAUGCUCUAUUAGUACGAUAUUGUCCGUUUGGGCCAAGCCUGCACGAUUUUACUCUUGGGUGUCCUCCCCAAAAUGCCUCGUACUAAUGAGCUUGGUGGACACUAAUAUACAAGGGUUCCUUCCCUUGUAUUUCCGAUGUGGUACUUGGAUUGUACCCUAACAAUACCUAUAAUCCAUUAAAAAAUAUACAACAAAUUUGUUCAGUCUAAUUUGUUAUGACCAAGGUUGUCACUCGAUUCCACCAAUGAGUCGUUUAAGCAAGUGGGUUAAGGAUUAAUGGAUGAAUUGGAUAAACCUGGUUAAGCCUAACUUUACCCAGGUGCAUGAAAAUUUUAUUGAUUUCACAUGUAUUAUGCUUAGAUAUUUAUGAAAUUUCUAUGAUAAAUUUAGAUACAAUGACGAUUUAAUAUAACUUAUUCGUUGGAAUUGAGUUUCAUUUUUAUACUUUUCUCUCACUUGGAAGUUGGAACUGAUGCUUUAAAAAGAUGCUUUAAUUCUAAAUCUCUUCCCUCUUUCUUUUUAUCCUUUUCCAUUUCAUUUUCUAGUUUUUUCUUUUCUUCUUUUCAUUGCAUAUCAUAUUCCAUUCUCAAUGUUCUUACUCUUUUUCUCCAAUUCAAUUUCAUGUAUAUAUACAAAUGAGGACAUUGGUCUUUGUUAAUCACACCAAGUUUCAAUCCAAAUAUAUUUUCGUCUCAAUCCAAAUAUAUGGUCUUUGUUAAUCAUGCCAGAUUACGAACAUGUUGAAAGCUUAGCAGUUAACCCGGCUAAAACGUUAAAAAAACCAGUCUCAUAUAGUCUGCAUAAGGAUAUGAUUUCUUCAUAGUUAAUUCUAAAAAUUAAUAUUAAUUUAAAAUUUUGACAUUGCUUCAACCUAUUUAAUACUCUAAUUUUAUAUGCAAUACUCAACCAAGUGAUAUGGGUUGCAAUUUUAAAGUUAUCAUCUAUUUAUAAUAUACAUUGAAAUAUAAAUUAAGUAUUAAAAUAUAAUUAAAAUAUUAAAAAAUAUGAAAGUCGAAGUAUCAAAUCACCAAAUAAGUACUUAUGAGAGAUUUAGUUGCUAGCUAACCGCUGAAAAUUUCUUCUGAUUUUUGAAAUUUUAGGUUUGUGUAUGUUUUUCUUAUAAAAGAUACAACAAAUAUAUGUAGCGUGAUUGGUUGUAACCUUUCCCUCUCUUAAAAGUGGUCAUGGUUCAAAUUCCGAUAUGUAUGUGUUUUUUAUGAAUAAAUAAGAAAGAAAUAAGUAGUUGUGAAGACAAAAAUGUCCCUCCUACUUUCACUCUCGAUGUGAUGCAGGAAAUUUGAAAUGGAACAAUGGGUUUUGGCUCUCACCUUUAAUAAUAAUGUGUUGAUUAGUUAGAUAUAUAAUACUAACAUUUUAGUUUAUUUCUAUGCUAAUGACACAUAUAUUAGUACGUGGUCAAAACUUAUAUAAAGUUAAUUAUUAAAAAAAAUACAUAUAUACAGUAUAUACACAUCAUUCAUUUAAUUAUCAAAUAUAAUACUAAAUAUGUGUUAUACAGAUUCUAUACUUGUUUAAUACGAGAGCCAUUAGAACAUUAAAAAAAAUUGAAGCGAUUUGACACUAAUAUAGAUUAGAAACAAAAGAAAAAAAAAUACAUACGGUGUAUUUUUAGUUGCGCACCAUCACAUUUCGGAGAUACAAUUUUGAACAAGUGGAAUUGAUGAAGAGGGAAAUCAAGAAGAAAGAAGUAUCGUUUGAAAUAAAUGCCACCACCGGUACACAGGGAGAAAGAAUAAAGAGAGUAGAAGGCCAGAAGAAGAAAGUAACGUGCAUGCAUGACCGAUAUUGCAGAUUUUGCAGUUGUUCUUUCUUUCUUUCUUUCUUUCUCGGCAGAGAGAUAAAACCCUAAACCGAAACAGUGACCUGAACUGCUUUUCACAUCUUCCAAAUCUAGCUAUAUAAAGAUAGAGAAAGCUAGCCAGCUUCCUGCCUGCAGAUUGGAGGCCGGGCUUUGACAGCAAUGUUACCUCCCAAUUCAAGUUUACCUUUCCCCCGUUUUUGUUUCAUUUGCUGGUUUUUCAUGAGAGAGAGAGAGAGAGAGUUUCUGUAAAAAUUGACAAGGCAAAAAUGGGGAGCUGAGUGGGGUUUUCGGUCUUUCCUAAAAGGGAACGCAAAUGGGGAAGAAGAGUUUGGUGGAGAUGGCAGUUCUAAGCUAUAUCUAGCUAGCCAUUUAUUAAUUACAAUCAGUACUCACUACUCACUCGCAUUUUUUGGGUUCUUGAGCCCAUAACAUAAACCACACAACAGCGUCAGCUAGCCCACAUGCAAAAGCCAGGCAGCCAGUACUUGGGGUGGGUUUUUCACCUAGUGCAAAUAUACCAUAUUAAACAAUAAUUUACGAACUAAUCGCAUAUUCGAUUUGAUUGGGUUCUUCGAGUGAUUAAAAAUGACUAAACCCGAUUCAAACCAACCUAUGUACAUCCCUAGCCAGUAAGUAUUGAUACCUGCAAACACUAUUUGGUUCUCCCUCUGUCGUUGGGGAUCAAAUUGACAGGCCUCCUAGCUACUAAGUCCUAACUGGGUGAUGCAAUAGGAAGAGUAGUUGCUGCUAUUUUUGCUGCAGAACUUGCAUUCAAUGUUGCAUUUUCUGGGUUCUUGAGCCCCCAUAUGUACAUACAUUCACCACUAUUUUGCUGCAUCAAUGCACAUAAAUGGGGUUGGGGGGCCUCUCUCCCACUGUUAUACAUAAUAAAUUGCCAGAUGAUGCAUUACCCAAUGGCACUCUGGUGAUGCUGUUGCCUUGUCGCAUUGGGGCUCUCCUCAACCUGCAGCUUUAUAGCUACUUUUAUCGGCAAUCAUAUUACUAUUAUUGUUAUUGGUGUUGUUACUGUCUUGCUUACUGAUAUUAUUAUCUUUCUUUUAUUGACCAGAAGAUCUUUUCUCCAGUAUUAUACCUUCCAUAUUGUCUUGUAUUACCAAAAGCUGACAGUACGGGAGUAUUAGGGAAGGAAAGAUAAAGUAAAAGGGGUGUUGUUUCUGUUCAGACAAAGAGGGGUUAGGGUUUCUGAUGAGUUUGAUAUUGUUAGGUCUGGCCUGAAUAUGGAUUGGAUUUUCAGAACUUUCUUUUUCUGCACUAGGGAAGAGGGGGAAAAGAAGGUAAGGGUUGAAUACCGUUUAUAUCUCAUUAUCGAGAAUCAUUUGGUUCCGAUAAUUCGAAUUGUUGAAAAAGAUUUUAGAAUAGGUUUUGUACGCUUUUGUUACAUAAGGUACAAUGCAUUCAAAAUUUCGGUACAAACGACUAGAGAGAUUGGAUCAAUUGAGCACUUCUACUAUGCUAUAUAGUAUUGGUGCUUUAAUGUACAACUUGAAGUUGUACCAUAAUGUUAUCGCACAACUUUACAACUUGAAGUUGUACCAUCACAUAAAAGUAUAAGUUCAAGUUGUAUCAUAAAAGAAUUUGUACAAAAAGUAUAGGUACAAUCUAAAGUUGUACCAUAACGUUAAAGGUACAACUUCAAGUUGUACCAUAAAGGCAAAAACCUAUAGCACCAAUGCUUUAUAGCAUUGUAAAAUUCCUCGGAUGAAUUUAAUGUGAAUAGAGUGUAAUAAGUGAAAAAAUGAAUGUUUCAAGAUGAUUGUUCUAGUUCCCCUUUGGAAUCUGGCAAAAAUUGCUCCGGAAAUUUUCUGAUCAAAUCGGUGUUUAAUAUACUUAUCCAUCCCUAAAGGAUAGCCUCAUGCUGAACCCGUGAUCUGCACCAUUUAAAAUUGAAGGAAAUUGGCCUUUCAAAAUAAUCUCCUAAAAAUUACGAAAACACCCUCCGAAAAAGUUCGACCAAAUUUCCGCCCAAAUCGGCCAUUGCUAGACUUUAUCGUUGGUGGGGAGUACCCUAAGGCCGAAUCUGUGAUCCAUCGCCUUAAAAAUCCAAGGAAAAUGGCUUUUCCAAAAAAUCGACCGAAAUCGGUGAUGGUACCCCUUUGGAUUUUGGCAAAAAUUGCCCCGAAUAUUUUCUGUCCGAAUUGGUGUUUAAUAGACUUAUUCAUCCCUAAUAGAUAACCUCAGACUGAAUCUGUGAUAUGUACACUUCAAAAUCGAAGGAAAUGACCUUUUCGAAAAAUCGCCUAAAAAUUACGAAAAUGGCCUCCUAAAAAAUUUGACCAAAUUUCCACCCAAAUCUGUUAUUGCUAGACUUCAUCGUUGGUGGAGAGUACCCUAAGGCUGAAUUUGUGAUCCAUCGCCUUCAAAAUCCAAAGAAAAUGGUCUUUCCAAAAAAUCACCCGAAAUCGGUUGUGGUAUCCCUUUGGAAUCUGGCAAAAAUUGCCUCGGAAAUUUUCUGCUCGAAUCGGUGUUUAAUAGACUUAUACAUCCCUAAAGGAUAGCCUCAGGUUGAACCAGUGAUCUGCACCCUUCAAAAUCGAAGGAAAAUGGUCUUUCAAAAAAAUCACUAAAAAAUGAUCUCCGGAAAAGUUCGACUAAAUUUUCGCCCAAAUUGGCCAUUGCUAGACUUCAUCGUUGGUGGAGAGUACUCUAAGGUUGAAUAUGUGAUCCAGCGCCUUUAAAAUCCAACGAAAAUGGCCUUUCCGAAAAAUCGACUGAAACCUGUGAUGGUACCCCUUUGAAAUCUUGCAAAAAUUACCCCUGAAAUUUUCUGCCCGAAUCGGUGUUUAAUAGACUUAUCCAUCCCUAAAGGAUAGUCUCAGGCUAAAUCCGUGAUCUGCACCUUUCAAAAUUGAAAGAAAAUGGUCUUUUGAAAAAAUUGCCUAAAUAUUACGAAAAUGCCCUUCGAAAAAAUUCGACGAAAUUUCCGCCCAAAUCGGCCAUUUCUAGACUUCAUCGUUGGUUCAGAGUACCCUAACGUCGAAUCUGUGAUCCAUCGCCUUCAAACUCAAAUAAAAAUGGCAUUUCCAAAAAAUCGGCCAAAAUCGAUGAUAGUACCCCUUUGGAAUCUGGCAAAAAUUGCUCGGGAAUUUUCUGCUCGAAUAACUGUUUAAUAGACUUAUCCAUCCCUAAAGGACAGCCUCAGGUUGAAUUCGUGAUAUGCACCCUUCAAAAUCGAAGAAAAAUGCCAUUUCGAAAAAAAAUUGAAUAAAAGAAACGAAAAUGGCCUUCGGAAAAAUUCGACCAAACUUCUGCCCAAAUCGGCCAUUGCUAGACUUCAUCGUUAGUGGAGAGUACUCUAAGGCCGAAUCUGUGAUCCAUCGCCUUCAAAUCGAAGAAAAAUGUCAUUUCCAAAAAACGCUCGAAAUCGGUGAUGAUACCAUUACAGAUUUCGAGUGAUUUUUACGAAAUAUCAUUUUCUUUCUAUUCUGGAGGCAACAGGUCAAGGAAUAAGGCCGUCGCUAUUCUCCACCGAUAAUGCAGUCUAUUGAUCUUAUUCUCCAAGGAUGAUAAGUCAAUUAAGCACCGAUAUGGACAAAUUUAUUUCCGGAUGACAUUUUCGUAAUUUUUUGGGCGACAAAAGAUCUGUUUUUUAGGAUUUUGAAGGAUACAAAUCACGAAUUAGGCCUAAGGCUAAUCUUCAACGAUGAUUAAGUCCAUUAAGCACCGAUUUGGGAUGAUUUAUUCCGGGUCAAUUUUUGGCAGAUUCCAAAGAGGUACCAUCACAGAUUUCAGGCGAUUUUUUCGAAAUGCAAUUUUCUUUCGAUUCUGGAGGCUAUAGAUCACGGAAUAAGGUCGAGGCUAUUCUCCAUCGAUAAUGAAAUCUAUUGAUCCUAUUCUCCACAAAUGAUAAGUCCAUUUAGCACCGAUUUGGGCCAAUUUAUUUUCGAAUGACAUUUUCGUAAUUUUUUGGGCGACAAAAGGCCAUUUUCUUAGUAUUUUGAAGACUACAAAUCACGGAUUCGGUCUGAGGCUAUUCUUCAAAGAAGAUUAAGUCCAUUAAGCACCAAUUUGGGCGGAUUUAUUCCUUGUCAAUUUUUGGAAGAUUCCGAAGGGGUACCAUCACAGAUUUUGGGCGAUUUUCCGAAAUGCCAUUUUCUUUCGAUUCUAGGCCAAUUUAUUUUCUAAUUGCAUUUUCGUAAUUUUUAUGCGACAAAAAGCCAUUUUAUUUGUAUUUUGAAGGCUACAGAUCACAGAUAUCGUCUGAGGCUAUUCUUCAACGAUGAUUAAGUCUAUUAAGCACCAAUUUAGGCGAAUUUAUUCUGGGUAAAUUUUUGGCUUAUUACAAAGGGGUACCAUCAUAGAUUUGGGGCGAUUUUUCCGAAAUGCCAUUUUCUUUCGAUUCGCAGGCUACAGAUCACGGAACGAGUGCGAGGCUAUUCUCCACCGAUAAUGAAGUCUAUUGAUCCUAUUCCCCACGGAUGAUAAGUCCAUUAAGCUCCGAUUUGGGACAAUUUAUUUUCAUAUGACAUUUUCGUAAUUUUUUUUGCAACAAAAGGUAAUUUGCUUUGGAUUUUAAAGGCAACCGAUCACGGAUUCGGCCUGAGGCUAUUCUUCAACGAUGAUUAAGUCCACUAAGCACCGAUUUGGAUGGUUUAUUCCAGGUUAAUUUUUGGCAGAUUCCAAAGGGGUACCAUCACAGACUUCGGGCGAUUUUUCCGAAAUGCCAGUUUCUUUCGGUUCUGGAGGCUACGAAUGACGGAAUCAAGCCGAGGCUAUUCUCCACCUAUAAUGAAGUCUAUUGAUCCUAUUCUCCACAGAUGAUAAGUCCAUUAAACACCGAUUUGGGCCAGUUUAUUUUCGGAUUGCAUUUUCGUAAUUUUUGGACUACAAUAGACCAUUUUCUUUGUAUUUUGAAGGCUACAGAUCACGGAUUCGGUCUGAGGCUAUUCUUUAACGAUAAUUAAGUCCAUUAAGCACCGAAUUGAGCGGAUUUAUUCCGAGUCAAUUUUUGGCGGACAUCACCGAUUUUUGACGAUUUUUCCGAAAUGCCAUUUUCUUUCGAUUCUGGAGGCUACAAAUCACUGAAUCAGGCCGAGGCUAUUCUCCACCAAUAAUGAAGUCUAUUGAUCCUA